AUGGAUUUUUCUGAAUCAACAGAGGAAGAAGUAGUAAAGGAGAUAAGUCCAGUUCCAAAACAUAGGUUAAUACCUCAAAAAACAAAAGGAGUUCCUGAAAUAACUACAAUGGUUCUAGAAGACAAUUACAAGAAACCAUUAAAAAAAGAAAUUAGUGAUGAGAUUUUUGAAAUAAAAGAUGACAUCGAAAUAAGGUGUCCAAAACAAAUAGAAAAAGAACUUUACCUUAUGGAAAAAGUUGGGACAGGAAAAGAAGAAAGUGAAUUUGAGCAACAUGACAUCAUUAGAUUAAAAAAGGUUGUAGAAGAGUUUUCUAAUAAAUUACCAGUUAAUAAAAUACCACUCACUGAUGAAGUAAUAAAUGAUUUGUAUGGACCUGUUAAUCCAAUACUUGAAAAUAGUGAAGAGAUAGAAGAAGAAAUAAAAACAAGAAAUGAUAUUGAAAAUAUUAAUACAGGUGUUUUAUCAUUAGAUGACAUUCCUGGUGAAUUGGAUGAUGUCUUUAAUGAAUUUGAUAUUCCAAAAGAAAGAAAAAAAGAAAUCAAAGAUUUUUUUGAUGAUUUAAUAGAAAACAUUUUAUUAACUGUUGGCGAUAAAGAAGUUGUUCGUUCAAACAUAAAGUUAGCUAAACUUUUAUCUUCAAAACUUGGAUUUCCUCAUGAAUUAUUACUUCAUAUAAAUAAAGAAGUUGCUGAUUUAAUGAAGAGUAAUUUAGGUGUUCGUCUUCCACACGACUCUUUUUCUCUUAAUGUUAUUCGUGAUAAAAAAAGACGAAACAAGUUAUAUGAAAAGUUCUUAGGAGAUAAUACUUCUAAUAGUGAUGAGGUUGAACAAAAACCAGAAUUGUGUCAGCCAUCUUUUACUCAAUCACUAGGUGGAGCUGCAGAAAAUUUAUUGGAAGGAAAUAGCUAUAAUUCAGUUAAAAGAAAAAAAAGUAAAGAAAAUGAAAAUGUUGAAGUAAAAAAAAAACUUACUCCUGGCUCUUUUUCAGUUAUCUUUCCUAAAGAAAUAGGGGUAUUUGAGUAUACCCAACCUACUAAAUGUCUAAUCAACUCUGGUACAAUUUCACAGUCAGGAAAAUAUCAACCUGGUCAACGUCAACCCGAUAGCUCAAUUACAAAAAAAGUAUCAGAAAGUGGUGUUACUCCUCUAUUAAUGAAACCAGUUAUUAAAAAGGAUUUAAGACAACAAACGCAAGAGAUGGGUGUGGUAGAUGAUAAUAGAAAGAUUGAUUCAUUAGAAAAAGAAAAGCCAACACUAAAAAAAGAACAACAAGAUGAUACUUCUUUCAAUGAGAAUAAACAAAUAAGUGAUUCAGAUAACGGUGUUGAUAAACAAACGGGUAUUCCAUUUAUUGAAGAACAAAAAAAUCCACCAACUGAUUUAAGCAUUGAUAAAAAAUUAUUUAGAGAUAUUACACAAGAAUUUUUUGGGUGGAACCAGAAUAAGUUUAUUGAUGACAUUGUUUUUAACCAACUAAAUUCAAUUAAUAGUAAGUUUAGGAUAAGAGUACCUAGUCAUUCAGUUCAUAAAAAAUUAAUUGAAAAACCUCGACAACUUUUUAAAAUAUAUGUACCUGAAUCUCAGGUGUCUCUUUCUCCUUAUAACCCAAGUGUAAAUAAUACCCCUGUUCAAUCUCAAAUAAAUGUUCUAGAAAACAAAACUCAUAAAAUAGACCAAACUAAUGCAAUUAAAAAGACAAAAAAAUAUGGUGUUAAAAAGAAAGCUUUUGAGUUACAAAAAGAAAACAAAGACUCCCAAGUGUUACAGGAAAAAACAUUAACAAAAGAAGAUAUUGAAAAAAUAAUAAACUCUUUAAAAGAAUUAGGUCAACAAAAAGAAGUAAAUCAACAAAAAGAAGUUGACCAACCAAUCUCCGAAAGUGCAACUGAACCAAUAAAACCAUUUGAAACUAAAGAGGUAGUAGACGAAGGGUGUAUUGGUUUAACAUCCACUAUAAAAGCCAACAACAAAAAACAAAAAAAAAUAGUGAAAAAAAAGAAUACCAAAGCAUUAAUAGUUGGACGGAGUUUCUUACAAGAAGACGAUAAAAAGGAGCUAAUGGAAAGAAUAGCACAAAUAAAAAUACUUGAUCCAGAACAAUCACGUAAAGUAGCUGAAGAAACAAAAGGGUUAGAUAAUGCUAGAAAAAAAGAACAAGAAGAAAUAAAGAAAUGGGAUAGUUCAAAAGCACAAUUCUGGGACACUACUAUUUCUAGAACAGAAGAAGAAAAAAGAAGACAGGACUCUAUCACAAGGAUAAGAGAGGAUAGCAACACAGAAACAAAAAGUCGAAAGGAUAAAGAAGUACUUGGAUACAAACAUGAUGAAACAGGAAUCAGCGAAAGUGACAAUACAAAAACAUGGGACGAUCCAAUAAGAACAGGAGAAAUUAACAGAACACAACUGUGGGAAAUAAAACAAAUAAAAAGUACAGAAGAAGAGAAUACAAUACUACAAGAAGAGUACAACUUUAGAUCUAAAGAUGUAUCAAAAAUACCUGAAGAUGACAAAACAAUAACAGAAGAAGAGGAGUCAACAACGUUGGAGGAUGACUAUUUGAAAAAACAAACAAAAGAAGAGUUAAGAAUAUGGGAACCAAAGAAGUUGAUACAAGAAAAAAGAAAUCUACUAACAAAAUCAAUUCUAGAAGGAGAAAUACUUACUAAACAAUUUAGGGCAUCUGUUCCUACUCAAACAAUAAAUGAACAAAUCGGUAUGGACAAAAAAAUCAAAAUAGUUGAAGAAAAGAAGCAUUUAGAAAAUGAUACAAAAGACAAACCCAAAGAAAUGCAAAAAAAGGAAAUGAAUAAAUUAAAAAAAAUAGAACAAGAAAAUGAGUUAUUACCAAAUGAACCAAAACCAAUAGAAGAAGAAAAUGACGUACUUUUAAAUAAAUUAAAAAAACUAAUAGAAGAAAAGUAUAUGAUACCACAAUCAAAAAAACCAGAAGAAGAAACUCCAACAAACAAACCAAAACAAGUAAGAAAAGAAAAAGACAUAGAACCAAAAAGACCAACAAACGAAAUAAUAUCAAAUGAAAUAAGACUACCAGAAGAAGAUGAUGAUGCACUUCUAAAUAAAUUAAAAAAAUUACUCGAAGAAAAAGACAUAACAUCUCAAUCAAAAAAACUUGAAAAACAAAUACCAAAUGAACCAAAACAAAUAGAAGAUGAAAAAAAUAUAACUCCAAAUGAAUCAAAACAACUAGAAAAAAACAAUGUAAUACUAAAUGAUCUAAGAGAACUGGAAAAGGAAAAACAAAUAGUAUCAAAUGAACCAAAACAAGUAGAAGAAAAAGAAAUAACACCAGACAAAUUAAAACAAGUAAGAAAAGAAAAAAACAUAAAACCAAUAAACCAAGAAAAAGACAUAAGACUAAACGAAAUAAAACUAACAGAAGAAAGUGAUAUGCAUUUAAGUGAAUUAAAAAAGUUACUCAAAGAAAAAGAUAUAACACCUCAAUCAAAAAAAUAUGAAAAACAAAUAGAAGAAGCAAAGGAUACAGCACCAAAAUCAAAAAGACCAAAAAAAGAAAUGAUGCCAAAUGAAGUGAAACGAACAGAAUAUGAUGAUAUGUUUUUGAAUGAAUUAAAAAAACUUAUAGAAAAAAAAGAUAUAACAUCUCAAUCAAAAAAGCCUGAAAAACAAAUGACUAAUAAAAUAAAACAUGUAGAAGAAGAAAACAAUGUAUUACAAAAUGAAAUAAGAGAAGUAGGAGAAAAUGGUGUAAUACCAGUUGAACCAAAGCAAGUAGAAGAAGAAAAAGGUACAGUGCUAGAUGUGUCAAAACCACUAGAAGAAAAGGAAAUGGUGUCAAUCAAAUCAAUAAAAAUAGAAGAAGAAAAGGAUACACUGUCACAACCAAAGAAAAUAGAAGGAGAAAUGCCAACAAACAAACCAAAACGAGUAAGAAAAGAAAAGGACAUAAAGCCAGAGAGAUCAAUAAAAAAAAUAAAACAAGUAGAAGAAGGGACAGUUCCAAAACCAAAAGGAGAAGAAGAAGAAAAAGGUACAACAAUAAAUGGACCAAAACAAUUUGAAAAAGAAACAAUACCAAACGAACCAAAAGGAGAGGUAGAAGAAGUAAAAGACACAAUGUCUGAUGCACCAAAAUCUGAAGAAAACCAAAUAAUAUCAAAUGAACCAAAAGGAGUAAGAAAAGAAAAUAGCACAAGGUUAACACCAAAAAGAACAACAAAAGAAAUAAGACUAACAGAGGAAACAACACCAACACUAAAACAAGUAAGAAAAGAAAACGUCACAAAACCAACAUUAAACGUAGGUGAAGAAAAAGAGAUAAUACUAAAUGAAACAAAACAGUCAGAAGCAAAAGGUACAAUUCCACAGUUAAAAAAACCUGAAAAUCAAAUAAUACUAAAUGAAAUAAAACAAGUAGAAGAAGAAAAUAAUUUAAUACCAAACAAAAUAAAAGGAGAGAUAGAGAUAAAGGACACAAUACCAAAUGAAAUAGACUUAACAGAAGAAGAAAAAGAAAUGAUAUCAAACGAACCAAGAAAAAUGGAAGAAGAUGAUGAAACAACACCAAUAAGGCAAGAAAAUGAGUUACUACCAAACAAACCAAGUCGAGUAAGAAAAGAAAAAAGUACACCACCAAGAAUAAAAAGAGCAAAAAAAGAAAUACUUAAUGAAAUAAAACAAUUGGAAGAAGAAGAAACAACACCAAAACGAGUAAGAAAAGAAAAAGACACAAAACCAAAAAGACUACCAAAAGAAAUAUUAAACGAAUUAAAACUAACAGAAGAAACAACACUAAGUGAACCAAGAAAAAUGGAAGAAGAAAAAGAAAUAAUACUAGAUGAACUAAAACCAUCAGUUGAAGAAAACGACACAAAAACAAAAAAAACAGAAAAUAAUAUAAAACCAAAACAAACAGUAGAAAAAGAAAUAACACCAAAAGAGUCAAGAAAAAUGGAAGAAGAAAAUAACUUAAUAAGAAAUGGACAAAAAGGAGUAGAAGAAGAAACAGUUCCAAAGUCAAAAGGAGUAAAAGAAGAAAAUGAUACAAUACAAAAUAAACCAAAAAAAAUGGAAGAAGAAGAAAAUGAUACAAGCACAAAACAAAUAGAAGAAGAAAAUUGUGUAAUACCAAAUGAACCAAAACAAGUUGAAGAAAAAGAAAGUAAUAUGACUUUAAAUAAAAUUAAAAAAGUAAUAGAAGAAAAAGAUAUAACACUACAACCAAAAAAACUAGAAGAAGAAAUACUAUCAGGUCAACAAAGAAAAAUGGAGGAAGAAGAAGAAAGUAAUACAAAACCAAAUCAAACUAAAGAACAACAAGAAAUAAUCCCAAAUCAAUUGAGAAAAAUGGAAGAAGAAGAAAUAAUACCAAAUGAAUUAAGAAAAAUUGAAGAAGGGGAGUUAGAAGAAAAAGUUAAAAUGAAUGCAGUAUUAAAAAAGGAAAAUAAAAAUAAACAAAACACAUUAAAAACAAAAAUAACAAAAACACAAGAGGAAGACAUAACACCAGAAUGCAAAAAGUUAGAACAUAAAAUAGUAGCUAAUGUUCAAGAAAAAGAUUUAGAUAAAGAAGUAAGUUUAUCUAAAAUAUUAGAAGUUAAUAAAAAAAUUCAAUCACAAGACUCUCAAUCACAAAAAACAAAAAAGUUAAAAGCCCCUCAACAUUCAGAUGAUAUAGAAACAAAAACGAAAAUACCUAAAUUAUCAGGAAAAACAAUUAGACCUCCUGUUAUUGAAACUCAAAAUAAUACUGAUGAACAACAAAUAAACCAAAAUGGGAUCAAAGAUAUCUCAGAAUUAAUUUCAGAGCCUUCUGUUACUGAAGACGUCACUAAGAAACAUACAGAUAUAGAAAAAAAGGAAACUGAUAAUAAACAACCAAAAAUUAUUUUAUCAGACCAACUGAAUAAAACAAAAAAAGAUAAAAAAACAAGAAAAGACAGCACUACUAAUGAGAGUAUUUCACUUGAAAAGGAUACUAAACAAUCAGGAACUCAAAUAAAAAAUAAAAAAAUAACAAAGUUAUCAACUGGAAGUGUUGGCAAUGGUCUUGAUAUUUUAAAAAAUUAUCAAAUCCAACACCAAAGAAAAACUACAAUCAAUCCUAAUCAACAACCAAGUAUUAAUAUUUCAAUUAUUAAUGAACAAGCAUUAUUACACAAACCAGUAGAAAUAAGAAAAUUAUCAACUGGACGAGUUGAAAGUGAUAUUUAUAAUAUACCAAAUUUAAACUUAGAAAUAACUGGACUAAGUAAUUUAUCUGAAGGAACUACAAAGGACGUUAUUCAACCAAUAAACCCAAGUCAACUCCAAAUGCUCAAACUUAAUGAAAGUGAUCAAGAAACUACAUCAUCACUAAGAAUAAAUGAUAAUUUUCAAGGAAUACAAAAACAUCAUUUAGAUACUCAAAACAUUAAAAUUAAAUACGUCUCUCCAAAAAUCAAUAAAGUUAUUACUCAACUACCUUUAGUUGAAGAACAAAGUUUAAUAAAAAGUCAAGAAAAAUACACUCAUUUUCUUCCAACUACUAAUGAACAAUCAAGAAUUAAUAUAAUAAAAAGAAGAAAAUUAUCUAUUGGAAGAGUUGAAAGUGAAGUUUAUAACAUUGGACCAGAACAACUUAUUAGUCUUACUGAAAAGUGUGACAUUCAUAAAAAGAAAGAAAGUGAUACCAAACCACCAAAAAUCUUAAAGGCAUAUCAACAAAAUGAAAUAGAAAAAGAAAAAAAAGCAAAAAAAGAAGAAAAAGAUAUAAAACAACCAGAAAUUCAAAAGAAAAGAAAAACAGUUGGAAAACUAUCUGUUGGACGUGUCGAGAGUGAUGUUUAUAACAUUGACCAACAGAUUAAAAAAGAACAAACUGUAAUUAUCAAUCAACAACCAAUUGUUAGUACCUCAUUAAUUAGUCAACAAAAAAUUCUAAAACCUAUAAAAAUAAGAAGGUUAUCUACUGGAAGAGUUGAAAGUAAUAUUAAUAGUAUUCCUCAUAAAAUUACAAAAGUAACGAGACUAUCAACUGGAAGGGUUGAAACUAGUGUUCAUAAAAUACCACACCAACCAAGCACACAUACUAUCUACCAAUUUGAAACAAAAAUUAACAAACCCUUUGAAGUUAAAUCAGAGAUACGAAGAAGAAAAAGCAUAAAAGAAAUAUCUCAAACCCCACAAAAUUCUGUUUUAAAUCAAGCACAUUUACCUAUAAAUAUUUCUAUUGUUAACGAAUCACAAAUACACACCCCAAUAAAAAUAAGGAAACUAUCUGCUGGACGUGUUGAAAGUAAUGUUCACAACAUACAAUAUCAAUUCCCUCAAUCAGAACCAAAAAUACUACUCAAUCCGAAUCAACAACCAACUCUUAAUCUUUCAGUUAUUAAUGAACAACCAACUCACAAACCAAUAAAAGGAAGAUUGUCCAUCGGAAGAGUUAAGAGUGAUAUUCAUGUAGUUAAACCUAAACGACCUAAACUUCCAAAUUCUCUACAAGAAAAACGUCUUAAAGAAAAAAGAACAUCAAUUACCACAAAUAGAUCUUAUGAUGUAGAGUUGCAAAAAGACCAUUUGGUUUAUAAAAUUACUCCAAAAAUAUUGAAAGAUCAAAAUAUACCAAAACAAACAAUAGAGUCUUUUAAAGAAGAAGACAAAAAGAAAAAAUCGUCUGACCCACAAACAUAUAGAAAGUCUUUUAGAUACUCCAAACUUUAUGAAUUUAAGAAAUAG